AAAAAUAAAUCUUUCUCGCAACACAUUGAAUUGGCCAAUGCUUCUUUCCACAAAAAUAACGAAUCUAUAAUACUUGAUCCUAUCAACAAAAAUCGGCUUACAGUUGAUAGUUCAUCCCUUGAUAGUAGUGCUAGUAAUGAUAAUUCUAUAUUAUUAUCACUAAAUACACAAUUGAGAACAGGAUCUAUCGAUUUACACCUUAAUACAACAAGGCAAUAUCUUAAUCUGGUUCAAAAAGGGCACACAAAGAUGGGGGCGAGUAGCCUUCUGGCUAAGAGUUUAGGUAAAGGCCCAUGGCAUGCGCGGUGUAUUCAUGCCUAG